AUGUCGAAGAGUAUUGUACUGUUGAGCUCCGAUGGAGAGUAUUUCGAGGUUGAUGAGGCUGUUGCGCGUAAGAUACUAAUGGUAAGAGACAUGAUCGAAGACGAAUGCGCCGAUAACCCUGUACCGCUUCAUUACGUCACCGGUGAGAUCCUCUCCAUGGUUAUUGAAUAUUUGAAGAAGCACGUUGAUGAUGAUGCUGGUUCAACUGAAGAUAAGGAGGAGCUCGAGACAUGGGACGCUGAGUUCAUGAAACAUAUCAUAAAGGAUAACGAUAUAGAAGAGGUCCGAGCCAUGUUUAACAUUGUUCCAGAGCGAUUAAUAUCAUAUUCGGAAGAAGAAGAAAAGAUUUACAAGGAGAGUGAAUGGGUUUAA